AAAGCAGGUUAACAAGAAAACUAAAAUCAACUUUCAUUUCCGUGUGUAUUUCACCUUUUGAGUUCUCUCAACUGAAAAGCUCACCCACAUCGUUCUUCACGCCCAACAUUGAAGGAAAAUGGGGUCUUGGAAUGAAUGGGUUGAGCUGGCGGUUGAGAAAUUGGAGUCCCUAAAACUCCUCCGUUCACUCAGACCAAUUCAUCUAUCCAAUGAUAAUUCAAACACCCAUGAGUUUGAGUUUGAAUAUUUUGAUGGUUUGAGAGAAUGGGAUAGAGCUUCAGUUGAAGUAGAGAUUUCAGAAACUACAUUCCUGAAAUGGCUUCAAGAUAUUCCCUCACCUGGAGACGACCUUGGUGGUAGUGGCAUAGCUUAUACUGAAGCAGGGGCAAGUGCUAGAAGAUUCAGAAAGUUAAUUCUAUUUUCUGGAAAUGAUUAUCUGGGCUUGAGUUCUCAUCCCACAGUUAUCAAGGCUGCAAUACAGGCAGUCCAAAAGCAUGGAAUGGGGCCUAGAGGUUCUGCACUAAUAUGUGGUUAUACGAAUUAUCAUCGGUUGUUAGAGUCAUCACUGGCAGAAUUGAAAAGCAAGGAGGAUUGCCUUCUUUGUCCCACAGGCUUUUCAGCCAAUAUGGCCUUUAUGACAGCUGUAGGCAAUGUUAGUCUGCUUCAAGCCAAAGGCAGUCAACCUUCACUAGAUGAAAGAGUUGCCGUUUUUUCCGAUGCCCUGAAUCAUGCGUCAAUCAUUGAUGGUAUACGCUUAGCUGAGAAACAAAAAAGCAUAGCUGCUUUCGUCUAUAGGCACUGUGACAUGCACCAUCUUAAUGAGUUAUUAACAAAUUGCCCAAUGAAGAAAAAAGUUGUCAUUACUGACAGCUUGUUUAGUAUGGAUGGAGACUUUGCACCGCUGGUUGAGCUUGUGAAACUCCGUAAGAAGCAUGGAUUUUUGUUGGCAAUUGAUGAUGCUCAUGCAACAUUUGUUUGUGGCAAAACCGGUGGUGGUGCAGCAGAGUUGUUCAACUGUGUUAGUGAUGUGGACAUUUGCAUUGGUACUCUGAGUAAGGCAGCAGGUUGUCAUGGUGGAUACAUAGCAUGCAGCAAGAAAUGGAAGCAAUUGAUCCAGUCCAGGGGCCGCUCUUUCAUAUUUUCAACGUCUACCCCCGUGCCCAUAACUGCUGCUGCACACGCUGCUGUCAUUGUGGCAAAAAAAGAGAUGUGGCGUAGAAGAGCCAUAUGGAACAGGGUUCGGGAUUUCCGUGAUCUGACUGGAAUUCCCAUUACAAGUCCCAUCAUUUCCCUUAUAGUGGGAAGCGAAGCGACAGCCUUGCAAGCUAGCAGGCAUCUUUUGGAAUUUGGUUUCCACAUAACUGCAAUAAGACCUCCAACAGUGGCCCCUAACUCAUGCAGGUUAAGGAUAACUUUGAGUGCAGCUCACACGUUAGAUGAUGUAAGAAAUCUCACAGCUGCCCUGUCACAAUGUGUCAACUUCAGCGAAAUAGGAUUCUACUGCACGAGCUGGAACGCUCGCCUUUAGCCUACAUUUCCUUGUCUUGGAUAAUUUUUUAAGGUCGCAUCAUGCAGUGUUAUAAAUAGCCAGGUGUAGUGCUUGUAGAACCCAAUUGAUCAAAGAUAGUGUAUUCUAUCAUGGUAUUAACAUGGUUUCUACCCACAGCCAAUGCAAUUUAGCAGCUGAUGGAAUUCAAUAGUUAAUUUUCACCUAA